GCGAUGCUUAUAAAAAGCGAUGAUGGCAGUUCGUUUUCUUCCAGUCAUUCAGCGCUACAAACCUUAGACUUUAGAUCCCAUCAAAUCAUCUAAACCAUGAUCGCUCGCACCUUCCUUCUUGCGUCUGCUCUGGCUCUGAUGGGCGCCAAAGCCCAAAUCGACACGCUUCUCGGGCCAGUUUACAACACCAAACUGGGACCUACCCCACUCAAUAUUUACAUUCCCGAACUUCUCGUUGACACGGGUGUCGCUCGUUUGUACGUCGCAGACGUGGGUCAAUCCAACUGUAAACGGUGGACUCCGGGUCCAGUUGGACAGGAUGGUGUCAACCCUGUUAUGGUCGAAGACAUUGUGAUGCACCGCCCAUCCAAAAUUGCUUUCAUGGGUUCAGACCCUUACCGUAUUCACCCUAACAGGACCGCGGGAUGGAUGCCCGGGAUGGCAUUCCUGGAUGCCGAUUAUGGUGCUCAAGGGAAUGGAGCAGUGUUUGUGUAUGAUUACGGAAACGAUGUGACUGGGACUGGUGACGUCCGCUUCUUGACCAAGUUGCAGAUCCAGCCAGCAUUGCAGAGUUUCCACCCUCACGGAGUGAAAAUACUUCCAAUGGAUGGUGGAAUUAUUCGUUUGUUUGUUGUGAAUCACCGGGCUCAACCACCAUACAAUGAGGAUGCAUUGUACUCGGUUGUCGAAGUGUUGGAUUACGACCCAGCCACUCCUACCGUUCUCACCCACCGUCAAACCGUUAGCGAUCCUCUUAUCUGGACCCCCAACAAUGUCGCUCCCACUGGGCCCACAUCUUUCUACGUCAGUAACGACCAUACCCACCGCUCCGGAGUUGCAAGAACCUUGGAAGAAUAUGGCCAGCUCCCCUUGUCCUGGAUCACAUACUGCGAUUUUAGCUCGGGCACGGUUCAGUGCUUGAAGGCUUUUGACGGCCUACGCGGUGCUAAUGGGAUGAACACGGACGGACAAGGAACGAUUUUCGCCAACGAGGCCUUGGGAGGAGACACUAUCGCCUUCACACCCAACGCCGAUAAAACCCUUUACGUUUCCAAGAGGUACAACCUCGACUACGUUCCUGACAAUGUUGGCUACGACCCCGUAUCAAAGACUUUGACACCUACUGGACAUCCCAAGGCAUUUGAUUUCCAGUUUUUCGCGGCUGGAACGGCUGCUACUGCACCCAGUUGGGUAGAUGUCAUUAAGGCUGAUGGGACCACCAAGCGGGUGUGGAGUGACGAUGGAAACCUGCUAUCUGGAUCAACUGUGUUCGAGGUGGACUCAACGCUAAAUGUUGCGUUGGUCUCCGGGGUGUUCGACUCUCGAGGUGUUGUGAGAUGCAAUGUGCCCAAGGGAUUUUAAGUUUGUGGUUUGUAGCUUAGAUAAAUUUAGAUACUCAGUAGCUUAGAUAUGUUUAGAUAUUUUUAGAGGCCUUCGCUAUGUCUUUUAGAUUAUAUAUAGAUGUGUUGGUUAAAGAUCUGCCUUUACCUCACUACCAUUUAAGAUUGUUUGUUAACAACAGUGAUAGUUGUGUUAAAAUCAUGAACAGUAAAACAUACUUCUUGC